CGUCGUGCACGUGAUGUGAAGCUUGUUUGCCUGGCUGAACAUUGGGAGAGAGGACCCCACCCCGCCCCUCUCCUCCCCCAGCCCCCACCGGCACCAAGCUGAAGUUCAUCCAGCAAUGUUCUUGCCAGGCCAGAGAGGAAUUGCUUCUUAGGUAUCCAAAAACGACAAGAAGAAGUGUGAUCCUGGCACGCUUGAAAUGAAAAAAAUGUCGUCACGACUGAAGGACAGAAGACGAAGAAGAAGCUUCCACGUUUCAGAAGUCGCCCGAGGUGAAAAGCAAAUAUCCAUCAUCGACACGCAAAACUAAAAAUGUUGCCGUCGAUCACGUGACAGCGACAAUGGGCCGUUACCUCAGCAUCAACCGAAGGACGCCGGACACUAAUUGGAGCUCGUACUGUAAAAUGAAAUACAUAAUCAUUCUCCUGAGAAGGCACCCGGCCUGGGCGGCUCCGCUUCACCUCCGCCACCGACAUUCUUCAGAGCCCAUUUUCCGUCUCUCCACAUUUGGCCAUAAAACAGUUUUUAAAAAUGUCGGUCUCGGUGAUUCCAGUUCCGUCUCGGAUCGCUUCCCAUUUGAUUCAUCCCCAAAAGUGAAACAUCUCCAGAAUGUGAGAUGCUACUUGGCCUCCAGCAGGGGCGCGUUCCGAGCCCAAACUCCCGCCGGUACCAUCGAGCCACCUCCGAACUGUUUCGCAGAAAGCUCUCGGGGUCAAUCUGUUCAUCGAUGGUCCCGACAAGUUAACCCUUCUUCCAGGAAAAAGGGCACCGCAUCUCGGGCUGAAAACGCUCCAGAACAUAGCGGCAGGACGCGGCGGCGUAGUCCGAGCCGGCAGACGUCGGGGCACAAACCCGGUUCUGAGGCCAAAGCGGUCCAAUCGACGGCAGACCUGCAACCGGAGGACUCGGGUCUUGCGAUCCAGGCAAACUCUGGACCGCAGCUGUUCCACAUUAGCUCUUUGGCGACGCGAUUCGGAGAGAGCUACAAUUACGUCGCCGGUCACGUCAACUCCGUCUUCUCUCUGGGUUCGGCCGGAGUCCGAGUUCCAGAGAAAGGGGGGAGCGCACACGGAAGGGCAAAGAGGAAAAUGCAAAGUAAUCACGCCGCGCGCCCCAAAGACGCUGAAACAUCGCCGUUCGAAUCAAGUGUCGAGCGGGCAGCCGCCGAAGCCAAUUUCCACAAAAGCUUGGAGGAGACCUAUCGACAUUUUGCCAGACACGUUAACUCCUACUUUGGCGCCGAGGUUACCGACGACGCCCCCUCGCCAUCUCCGUCGCCCGCCCAAGUCGGCGCAACGCCACACGGUCGAGGCCCCGUCGCCCCCGAAACCGGACUUUUCCACGGCAGCCGUAACACGACCCACUUCGGGGAGAACCAUCUUCAGAUGUCGCGUCACAUCAAUCAAUAUUUCAAGGCCGCCAGCGCCGGCGAGGACCCAAAGGAGGAGUUUGGCUUCGCCGCCGCAGACGGACAGGAGGCCAUCUCAGUCUUGGACUGCUUUCAUCACCCCGCAAGAUUCAUCCCUGACCUGCUGGGCCCGCUUCUGAGGCGGGUGCCCUUGGGCCAGGACAGAAAGCCGAAAGCCGCGACGGCGUCACCGGAAGCGGCCUUCGGCGACAAGGUGUUUUUGAGCCACCAGCAAGCUGACGACCUGACGCGUGACUUGAUUGGAAAGCUGGGACGGGCCUCGUCUGCAGAAGUUCUGAGCGCCUGCGUGGAGAAGCUGAACGAGCACCUGCGACGUCAUCCUUCGCGUAAAGCUCCGGCGUGGCAGAUCGCUUCUCAAACCGCCUUCUGGAACGGAUUGUGGUCGAGAACCGAGGUGGUACUGUAUUAUAUAUUUCAAAACCUGCAGGAGAAAAUGGCCGCCACGCUGGUCAGACAGCGGCGAGCCCACGGAGACAACCGAGCCGUCCAGACGGCCAUAAGGGAAGCUCUGGCCCGCGUCGGCUACGUCGACCCGGUCAAAGGCCGCGGUAUCAAGGUGCUCUCCAUCGACGGGGGCGGUACGAGGUAAGGGCCGAGUAGGUCACGUCACAAAAAUAUUUGGAUUUUUGGGCCCUUUUCUUUCUGCUGUUUUCUGUUCCAGAGGCCUGGUCCCCCUGCAGGUCCUGAAGCUGCUGGAAGCGCAGACGGGGAAAAAGAUUCACCAGCUCUUUGACUACAUUUGCGGCGUCAG